AUGGUGCGAAUCACUGAAAGCUUGAUAAGGCAACGCGCAGAGCAUAAUAAUUGUGAGAUAUUUUCUCUGGAAGAAAUUUCAUUGCACCAACAAGAAAUAGAGAAAAUUGAGCACAUUGACAAAUGGUGUAGAGAUCUGAAAAUUCUUUACUUUCAAAAUAAUUUGAUUCCUAAGAUCGAAAACGUUGGCAGACUGAAGAAACUGGAGUAUCUUAAUCUGGCUUUAAAUAACAUUGAAUGCAUUGAGAAUUUGGAGGGCUGUGAAUUUUUGAAGAAACUUGACCUAACAGUAAACUUUGUGGGUGAACUGACCAGUGUGGAGUCACUCAAAGCUAAUGUACACUUGGAAGAACUUUUUCUGGUUGGAAACCCUUGUUAUGAAUUUGAUGGCUACAGAAAGUUUGUGAUUGCUGUUCUCCCACAGCUAAAGUGGCUGGAUGGAAAUGAGAUCAAUCGUUCUGAACAGAUCCGGGCACUGCAGGAUUUUCCAAUGGUGCAACAAUGCAUAUUAGAACAACAGGCAGCUUACAUCCUGAAGCGAGCCAAGGAAAAGGAAUUGAGGAACUUAGAGGAGAAAAAGAUCAAUGAAAAAGCAGGAGAAAGGAAGCAAAAUCCUAUGUCUAAUGGAUUCUGCAAUGAUGAUGCUGAUAAUGCCUUACUUGUUCAAGGUCAGAACACAGAAAGUGAGCAAAGCAACACUGAUGCAAAAGAGGGUAAAGCUCUCACAAAAACAGAUGAAGAUGAGAUGAACAAAAAAUUCUGGGAGGAGCCUUCAUAUUACACACCUGAAUCAAGACUGGAAACCCACAGAUAUAUUGAGAAGAUGAGGAAAUCUAAAGAGCAGGACAAAAAUCAUAGAAAACAGAAACCACAACGAACACUGAUAACUUCUGAAGGAAGAGUCCUUAAUGUUAAUGAACCUAAGAUUGAUUUCUCAUUGACCGAUGAUGAGGAAAAUAAUCAAUUACUAUUAGAUCUUGCUGUUUACAGGUAUCUGGAUACAUCUCUACUUGACAUUGAUGUUCAACCAACACAUGUUUGUGUGAAGGUUAAAGGAAAGGUAUUUCAGCUAGUACUUCAAGAAGAAGUAAAACCUGAUAGUAGUUCUGCCAAAAGGUCCCAGACGACUGGACAUUUGCUUAUUACAAUGCCAAAGUUCUUUCAGGUGCAUGAAGUUAUUAGGCCAAAGCCAAAGAGUAAAACUACAGCUAGACCUUUAAACAGCACCAAUCCAGACCCAGAUGUUUCAAGAACAACACAAUAUAUUGAGAAGUUAGAAGUGGAUCCAAGCAAGCGUGUUGACUUGACCAAUAUUGUGACGGCAAAGAAAUCAGUUGCUCAAGGUCCUCUCCGAUUUCAUCAAAGUAGAGUACCAGAAAGGAACAACGGUGACUUCCAAGAUAAUCCUGAGGUUCCACCAUUGGUCAAUUAAAAAUCGAUAUGAAUCAGCACGCAUUCAUCUAGACAUCUGAUGAAAUGAAAUUUUUUG